CCAGUCUAAGCAGGUUCCUAAUCUUAUGACAAAUUUUUUUGGGUGGCCAUAGUUCUCAAUAUUGUGACACAGAAACUCUGAAACAUACUUAAUGAGACGAUGCCAGACAAUUCAAAUGAUGUUCCUCUGUUUGGUGAUGAGAUUGCGAGUAAGUCAUGAGCGGCCGACGUCGAAAAGGCUAUUGGAACAAAGGCUGCAGGCAGACACCACUGAAGUGCUCCGGAGAAUACCUCGCUCCGAUGAACCGGGUCCGGAUGCCAAAGGCGAUCUGAAGCUGUUGCAUGCUCCUUGCGAGUUUGACUUGAUAAGAUACACAUCGAUUAACUACUUUCCCAGUUAUUGCCAGUCCGUCUACACAAAUCGCCACGUGAACGAGGACUGGUAUCGACUUUAUAGGACCUACGACACCGAGGGUUUUGUUUUCGGGCAGUUCUACGAGCGGCUGCAGCGAUACGAAUUGGACUGAAUAAAUGCCCUUCGGAAAGAAUAAGAUCUAGACAAAAUCUGUGAUAUCGAUGCUGUGGUAGCGUUGCAGAGAUCCCAAUCGCGUGUGUGGCGAAGGACGUAGACAGAUAACACAUUCCUCCGUGCUGAAAAUCAAUGAUAAUUAGUCGUAAGAACCAACUAAAAAGUGUAAGAAUGGCCCAUUGGUUUAUAAAAAAUAUAAUACUUUAAUCUGAUCUCUUAAAA